AUGUUAUUCUUUGUGUUUCAGAUUGAUGAAGGUGGGGCCUGCCUGAAUAUUCUCCUGGCAGAAAACAAAGAGGGAAUAAAUGUGCGUCCAUAUAAUAGUCGUUUAGUAUUCCGAGCGCAACAUGAAGACGUCAUACAUGGCAAUUUAUUUGUUACUAUUUUUGGAAAGAAAGCAACUACGACUACAAAUAUUAACUUGAAGUUGGAGACAGCUGAUUCAAUUAUUAGGGAUCAUCCACUUGGUCCCGCCCAGCCGUUUGGAUUAUUCAAAGAUACGAUUGACCCGAGCAUCUACAACUACUACUUUUACGCCAUGAAUGAUCCCAAUAACAUUCGAAAGAUCAUUGAUGGUCAAAUAUAUGCAUUGCAAUACACGUUUAAUGGUUAUCCCUUAAACCCAGAUCGAAACGAGGCAAUGAACUCUGCGAUUUGUAUCCAUGUCUACGAUGAAAUAACCCCACGUGACCAACCAACUUGGGUUAUCGACAUCCUUCCUAUUUUCCAACUUUAUGCCAACCUCUUCCCAGUUAUGCGAAGUUUUGUCGAUCUAGGGGAUUACAACAGUGUAGUCGAGAAGAAAUGUCAUAUACUUACAACAAUGUCACUGGAUUUUCAGGAUCCUCAGUACAUGCCAGUAACACGCGAUCUCUCGCCAAAGAAGACAGAAAUGAUUUUAAAGUGGCUGGAUGAUGACAAACCUGAUUUCGGUCUCACACACCAUGCACGAUUAUUAACGAAACAGCAUUUACUGAAUAUGCUUCAAACUGCACUAGAACUGGAACAUUCCACAUUACCAAUUUACAUGAAUGGAUUUCUAUCAAUAAAACCAUGGCAGAAUGAAGAGGUUAAGAAAAUGUUACAUCAGAUUAUUGUGGACGAAAUGUUUCAUUUUGCUCAAGUUGCUAAUAUCAUAAACGGACUUGGAGGACGGCCUUAUCUUUUAGGGAAUACAUUUGUUCCUGCUUUUCCAAGUCAUCUCCCAGGAGGAUGUCGCCCUAAUAUGAUAGCAAGUAUUAAUAAAAUUUCUUCUCAGCAAGUUCAUGAUGUAUACAUGGAAAUUGAAGAACCUUCAUAUGUCCUCAAAGAUCAUGAGUUGGUUGCACUAAUCAAUAAAAUUUCUACAGGUAAAAAUAUUUACAGAAGCAGUAUAUGAUAAACCGUUAACACUUCAGCUAUUAUAUAUGCCUACCACUUAUAAUUAUAUAAACAAUUUGUUUACUUGCUUAUUGAACAGCUUGAUAACGCCUGACAAAUGUAAAAUCUAGUUGGAAAGUUUAAUAUCGAUUUCUCCCCUUCUGAGAGGUUUAGCUGCCCCUUCGACCUAUUUAAAACGGGGAGUCGUUUUGAUAGUCGUUUUGAUAGAUCGUUGCUUCUGCCUGUGGUAGAUGUAACAACUUUGUUUAAAUUAAGGCCUUCAGGAUUUUAUUUAUUGCGUUCGGAAUUUUACGUAAAGUCUUCGGAAUUUUAUGUAGGGCCUUCAGAAUUUUAUGCUCGGGCUUUCAGAAUUUUAUGCUGCAAGGGCCUUCAGAACUUUUUGUGGGACCUUCGGAAUUUUAGGCAGGACUGAGCCGGCAGAAAAUCACUGCACAAAGAGGAGUAUACUUAGUGUAUAACACUUGUAAUAUGGCAAAAUAGCUUUUGAAAAGAAUGUUUUGCUCUUCAGUGUGGCUGUUGUUUUACCCUUUAAAAAAUGAAGUAUAGGCGUUUCGAAGGGAAAUGGCCAUAUAAAUUUUUAUUUCCUCUUUUGAUAAUUAUAAUUAAAAUUAGUAUAAUUAAUAAUUUUGAGCAAUUUCUCAACAAUACAAUUUCGCUUGACUUCCAAAGGCCCUAAAUCGUUAGAAUACUGUUGUUUAGUAAUAUAUAUUUGCCACCCGUAAGUACAAUUUCCCAUGCUGAAUCGAACGGUGGUAUUUUUGUCCCUAUUUGGCGCAUAAAACUAGAGAUAAGCCGCACCAGAAAGUCAAUCGUGAGAGUCCGAGAUUAAUUUGAAAGAAAACUCUCCUCGAAAAAAAAAAUUCAGAAAACGUGAAAGAAGCGGCUUAAUUGUCUUUUAAAAUGCAUGAUUCGCUGCAAUAUAAAUCAAUUUUGAAAUCAAUUUUCCAUCCAUAAAGACAACCUUAAUUUUACGCUGAUUCGAACAGUGGUAUUUUUUGUCCUUGUUUGGGGCAUAAAACCAGAGACAAAGCCCAGCACGCAGACGGUCUUGAGAGUCCAAGAAUAAUUAAUAUUUCCGCAAAAAUGAAUAAAUUCAGAGCACGUGCAAGAAAUUUUUUCUAGGCGAUUAAGGAAACAUAUUGAUCCGAACAAACUAACAAACUCACAUACAGAAUAUAAAGCGGUGCCAAAAUUGGCCCGGGCACCGCAAUUUACCCCGAGGGUAUCAGGGAGAGAAGAGCUAUAGACGCUUGACUAGACGCAACUUCAUAUCCUUUGGACCUAAUUUCACUUAGCAUAUAUAGAUGCAAUUAUGGCAUGUGUUGUAUUUUCUUGGCAUUGUAAAGCAUGCAUGCAUGAUCCUGUGUUCAGGGAAUAGGUAUUUAUGAGUGCAUGUACGUAUAAUAUGGAUCUUCACACCAUGAUAAUUUUCAUGCAAGCAGACCAAGAAUUGCGGUAUACUGAUAUCACGUCUAUUAUAACAGGUCCAAUUAUAUAUGUUUGGGAGAUUGUUUUGAUAAUUCGUGAACCACACUCGAGACGAUAAUUUGCUUCGGGUAAAACAGCAGUUCCACACGAACAACAAAACAUUCUUUUGUAUUCAUAUCAAGGUUUCAAAAAAAACUCCUCUUUGUGCAGUGGUUUUCUAAUUCUGAAGGCCCUUACAUAAAAUUCUGAAAGCCCCACAUAAAAUUCUGAAGGCCCUUGUAUAAAAUUCGAAGGGUUUACACGUAAAAUUCUGAAGGCCUUAAAUAAAAUUCUGAAGCCCCUAACUAAAAUUCUGAAGGCCUUAAAUAAAAUUCUGAAGGCUUUAAUAAAAAGCCAAAGGCUGAUAUUUAUAUUUAUAGCAUGUCCCUAUGGGCCACCGUACUAACAUACUGUAACAUGUUACGCGGCAACCAAAGUUUUUUUAAAACCAUAUAGAUGCAUGCUUCACCAUUUAAUCUUGUCGCGGCAACCACAGUUUAUAGACUGCAACAUAUUGCGUAAAACGCGAUGAAUGUCAAUGCGCAAUAUAUAUCAUCUUUUAAUAAAGUGCGUAUUUUCUCAACAAUCGGUUUUAGACAAUCGGAAAUAUACAUAAUUCCAGCGAUCUAGAUUGUGUACUGCGAUAAUGCUAAAAUAACCCGAUACCAAUUAUUCGUUAAUUUAACUAAACAAUUCCUGAGUGCUAAUUCCUGCUGACAUUUACACAUUUUUUACCUUUCAUCCUUUAAUAGCCCAUCUGCGUCCUGCAACGGAAACCAGCGAAGGUAUGAAGUACUUUAGUUGACGUUUUAAUCAUCCGAAAUCGUUUAAUUAUGCUGGGAUAUCGAGUAGCCGUUUUAAACGCGUUAAAAUUUUGUCAGGAUUUAACAGCAUCGUAUAUUUAAGGUUAUCGCGCAAUUUUGAUUUUGGCUUUGACCUAUUAGUAAAAAAAUAUAUAUGUGUUGGGUUGGUUGUACAAAUGGCGUUUAAGUAUCUAUCAACCGUUUAUAACUUGCCAUGCAUCAUCUGUAUAAAUUUAAACGUUUGAGAGAUCGUGUUCUAUAAUAAACCAUGCAGGUUAGCGCUGUCUUCUAUUUGUGGCGAUCCUACGGAUUAAUUGAUAAGGGUCUUGUGAACGUUUAAAAACAGUUAAAUUUUCGAUGACAACGGGCAUUCUCGGUGUGACUACUGAAGGCAUCCACUUAGUCUAAACCUAAAAUUCUGAUAUCCACCUAAUAAAUAGUGGCAACAUAUUGAAAUGCACUGCAUGUGUACAAACGAGAUUUGUCAGUUUUUUUUCAUCUUAUUGUGUAUAAAUUUUUUAUCCAACCAGAAUUAUGUAUAUAGACUAGAAAGUACAUGCAUGCAGAAACCCUCGCCUUACUGACAAAACCAUUAUAUUUUCCGAAUAAGAAGUAUUUAAAGUAGUUGUCAUCGUAACACGAUAAUUUCACAAAGAGUAUUUUUAUAAUUGAAACACCCCCUAAAAAUAUCACUUUUAAUUACAAAAUUAUCAAUUUCGCCAAUCAUAUAUUUGUUAGGUUUGUUAUUAUCCCCGAGCCAAGGCGCGGAGCGCCGUUCCGGGCGUUCUCCCGGGCGGCGAGGGUACUAAUUCCGCCCGGCUAUUUACCCCCUAGGAAAGGAACGCACUAGCGAAGUCUAAAGUUCAUCAAAUAUCGUGGCCUUCUAGGAAAAGAACGCACUAGCGAAGUCUAGAGCUCAUCAAAUAUCGUGGGCGCAUGGCUAUGCAUGAACCAAGGGUGCAUGGACUUCCUCACUGAUCUCAAAAAUAUGGCUGUUUGCCAGGAGUGGGAUAAGUACACUGAGGAUAUUAAUGCAAGAUUUCAAUUUUCAAAAGCAUAUAUUUAGAAAAUCACGUUUCAUACAACGAGCUUUAAAGCAAUUUUUGUUUGAAAAAAUAAGGAGAAUUGAUUUACUAUGGAAAAUCGUGAAAUUAAAUAUAGGGCAAGUUUGCUUUGAAUGUUCAAUGUUUAGGAAUUUUUUUCUCAUUUUUAUUUCUCAAGGAUAUAUACAAAAGGUUAAUUCAUUUAAAUUUGCAACGUUUAGGACAUUUUAAAUGUCCGUCUUCAGGCGACAAUUGUUGUUAACGUUAUAUUCAAAAAUGCAUUUUUCAUAAAAUUAUCGUGUUGCCAUGGCAACACUGAUGUAAACGCGAGCCUGCGUUCAGUGUUGAUGAAUUACUAAUAUUAAUAUAAUUAUGUCUUGUCAUAUGUGUUGAAGAUUAGCACAAACUGGCACACUUUUUAGAACGUCGCUUGCUUAAAUUACUCGGUAAUAUAUAUCAAGAAUCUUAUCAAUUUGAAUUAAUCAUUCAUUUAAUUACGGCAAUUCACAUCCAGCAUAAUUCUUUCCCAUUCGAUCGUUUAAAAAUUUUAAUGUCGUUGCGCUACUUUCACAACUACAACGAUGAUGGGACAAAAUUAUGCCAAAGAUCUUCCUUAUUUUUUUCUGAGUAUAUAGUUUUUAUUACAAAUGCAUCAAAUAUUGAAAAAUAUUUAAUACACCGUGAAUUUAGUUGGGGCAAAAUCUAAAUUUCAUUUCCUAGAAAGUUGGUUUUAACAAUUGUGAUGCCUUGGCAGAAUAAUCAAAUUACAAAAAAACCAUGGUUGGAGUAUGGAUUUAUGUAUAAUCAUGCACAUGCAGUUAACUUAUUUUAUACAAGAUUCUCCCAACUAAUCUGUUUUCUCCACGCAUACACGCGGAAUUGUUCCAAACACAGCCGUUCGAGGUUCUGUAUUAAAAAUUUGGUUAUCGGUUGUUUUCCUGUACUCUGUUAUUUUACUGCUAACUUUUUACAUUUUUCUCGGAAGGUGGUGAUUAUGCAGGAAUAUGUGGAGAAGCUCUUAAAUUGUUUCCACUUCCUAACAAAAAGUUAACUGAGACAAACCAUAACACAAUUGGUGAUUUAUACAUGGCCGUGGUGUACAUCCUUGGACAAUUAAGCAUUUGUGGAAAGAAAGACAUCUUCACUGGAAAAACAAAACAAUUGAAAUGGUCAGACCCGGAAAUUCUCAGAGAGGUUAACGAUUAUGAUAGUGCUUUAGAAGCGAUCAAGGCAAUUGUAGAUCAAGGUGAAGGCGCGUCAGCGUAUAAUCCAUUGCAACAAAAUGUGGAUUCUUCUGAGUUGGCUCAUUAUUUCAAGUUUUCAUCGAUAUUUCACGGUAGACAAAUUACAACCUUUAAUGUAACCAACGAGAAAGUGUUCAAUAACAACGAACAGGUAAAUAAAAGAUCAGUUGCUUUGCAUUUUACACAAUACGGUUUUGCAGUUGCUUCAUAUUUUACACAAUACGGUAGAGACGACUUCAUUUGACAAUAUUAUACACCAUAGUAUAUUUAAAAAAUAGGCACUCAAGGAGUACGUAAAGAUUUACAAUUUUAUUGUCAAUUUUAUAAUUCAAGAAAGAUUGACAAAUAUCAGUUCAUAAUGCAAGAACGAUGCAAAAAUAUCGCCCAAAAUGUAGUAUAACAAAACACAACAUCAUGCAUGACAAAUCUUUUCUUCGAAUGUCAACUUUUGUUUAAUUACUGUUAUAUUUAAAGUUAAUCUACUAUAACCUUUAAAUGGCUUUAUCACUGCCUCAAAGAUAAAAGAAAAACUAGAAAUGUUGAAGAUAUUUUAUAAUUUAACGUUUGGAUAAAAACAACAAAAUUAUUUAGAAGUUUCCGCCAUCCGCAACAGGCAAUUACAUUUCUAAUUCAUUUCCAACGAAUACGAAUGAAAAAUGGAACAAUACAGUUUUUAUAGUGGAAACACCGCUUUUGAUUUUAUUUUAUACGGCCGCUCCUGAGUUGAACGAAUUUGUCUUUUACGACCUUUUCCAUUUGUAUUUCUAGCACAAAAUAGUCAUAUAUUCAUUCGUUUAGCUGAAAGUAUAUAGAUGGUACAAUGUUUAGUCGUUGGUGUAUUCUACGAAAAUGAGCAGGGAUUUUGCCCGAAAGUUUGCGAAUAUGGACAAACACAAAUUGCGGAUAAUAGCUUCCGGCGGUUCACGAAUACUCGACUCGGGACUCAACGUCACUAAUGUGUUACUAUCUAUCUAUCUCAUACGCCCGAUGACAUAAAGGAUUUUGCUUCGCAAAUCCUUAAAAAUUCAUUUAUUAACUACCAUCUUUUGCGCUAUUAGUUCAAUAUUGUUGUAAUGCCAAACAUGCCAAUAAUCUAUAUAUAGCCAUCGUAUCGAGGAUUUCUAGCUUGUAGAUGCACAUUUAUUGACUGGAUAACGGCUUUUACUACGGUAAUCUGUUACACAAAAUUGGCUGUGGCAAGUCGAUCCUAAAACAAAUGUGUGUGAAUCUUAAUCAUGGAGAACGGACGUGUAGACUUGAGCUCUGAAAAAUUGGCCGAAUCUUUAUCAAGUUUUGUGGAAAGUGAUGAUUCCAGACAUUGUGAAUUGAAUAUAGAAAGCUCCUUAAAUACUGUAAACAUUUUGUACAGCCAUUUCUGCUAUAAGAAUAACAAACUUAAAUGGGCUGGUUCGUUGGAAGAUCUGAAAGCCGUCGUGCUCACUGUAGUGGACUACAACCUGGCGAUCGCCUAGCGGUGGUACGUGGAAAUUCGACAGCAAGGCACUGUGUGUUACCUGGCAAACAAAGAGUCAGAAUAUUUAUUUUGAGGGCGAAAACGGCGAGGAAGUGACCAAACGGAUAAUUUCGCACUUAAACCAAGGCGUGCACGCUUCGUUGAAAGCUUAUUCUCUCGAAAGUAAAGCCACCGAAGCAGAACCGAGUCUGAUUGAACUUAUAUUGGACAGUUGUCGCCAAAACUACAAGCAAUUGAACGAAGACUGCAGAGAAAUUACUAUUGAGAAUGGAGAUGCGAUGAAUGAAAACGCUGAUAUCUCCUCUGCCGAUCUGGCCGAAGCAAAUUCUUGCUGCGCCUCUUGUAUCAAGCAGAGAGAAGAAAUUGAUCAACUGAAGGCUGAUAUAGUUUGUCUCAAGAAGUCGGUGAAGUCAAGCGAGUAUAUGCAAAUUAACCGCCUGCAAAACGACAACUCUAGCUUAAUCAAAACAGUUGAAAUGCUUACAAAACAACUUCUAAAUUUGAAUAUGGUUGAUGCAAAUAUUGAUCCCAGUUCUCAAGUAUCGAAGGAACCCGCUCCUAAAGUGUCGAAAAAGCAGAAAAAGAGUAAGAAGAAGAAAAUGAAGGCCAAGGAGGACAUUGAAUCGGCAGAAAAAAAUGUUUCUCCGCCUCGUCAAGCACAUGCUGCCCCCACUAGCGGUAUGGAAAAUGUGAAUGACGAUGUUGCAGCUACCGCGCGCAAGAAUAGAGCAAAAGAAGUGGUGGUAAUUGCUGGUGAUUCACUAAUUAAGAAUGUUGUCGGAGCAAGCAUGAGCAAAACUGACCCUAAUCACUAUUACGUCGUUAAAGCAUUCCCUGGUGCAAAUCUUUCUGAUAUGGAAGAUUUCAUUAAACCUAUCACCCGAAAAUCACCCGAAAAAAUCAUCUUACAUGUUGGAACGAACGACUUAAAGAAUUCUCCUGCAAAAGUAAUUGCGGAUUCAUUACUGAAUCUGACGACCCAGAUAAAGGAAGACUCGCCAACUACAGUGGUAGGUGUAUCAGCUUUGUUGACCAGAAAUGAUAAUGCAAACCUAGCCACUAAAGUUAAACAAGUUAACUUUAUCCUAGAUAAUUAUUGUCGUAUGAAUAAGAUACCAUUCUUAAGAAAUGCUAAUGUGAACAAUUCUCACUUGAACAAUAAAGGUCUACAUUUAAAUAAACAAGGCAGCGAAACUCUACAAAACAAUUUUAUUGAAUUUACUAACAAUUUUAAUGAAUGACUUGUUACGUAUAAUGUUGCUGAGUCUCUUGAUAAUGCGAAUGCUGUCAAUUCUAAUACUAAUAGCGACAUAAAUCCGCUUUUACCUAAGAUGAGUGGUUUCAAAAUUGCGUCACUUAAUAUAACUAGUUUAGUAAAACACAUUGAGGAACUUCGAAUUUUUCUAGCCGAUAAUAUUAUUGAUGUUUUGGCUAUCAAUGAGACAAGGCUUGAUUCUGCGGUUAGCGAUAAUGAGGUGCACAUACAAGGUUAUGAAAUUGUUCGCCGCGAUAGAUACUUAAACGGUAGAUGCGGUGGUGGUGUUUGUUUUUAUAUACGAAGUUGCAUUAAUUUUUCGGUACGAUACGAUUUGAAAUUUGAUGAAUUGGAAAAUUUAUGCAUUUCAAUCAAUAAACCUAGAUCUAAGCCUUUUCUUAUAGUGACAUGGUAUAGGCCACCAAAUUCGGUCGUGGAUAAGUUUAAUCACCUAGAAACGCUACUAGGCAAACUUGAUGCUGAAAAUAUUGAGUACUAUCUGGUGGGUGACCUGAAUUGUGAUUUAAGCUCUACAGUCUUGGAUCAUAGUUCAAGGUUGCUCAUUGAUAUUGCUGAAACAUUCGAUCUUCAACAACUGAUAACUGAACAAACUCGAAUUACAAGUUCAUCGUCAACAUUGAUAGAUCACAUUUUUACAAACGCUCCUGAUAGAGUGGUCUGCUCUGGUGUUUCUCACAUUAGUAUAAGUGAUCAUAGUCUUGUUUAUGCCUUUAGAAAACUUUCCGCCAGAAUGCCGACAAGAGGACAUACUACAGUAAGCUAUAGAAAGUUUAAAACUUUGAUUCUGCCAAAUUUCGUAAUGAUAUUAGUCAGCAAAACUGGGACUUUAUCCAUCAAUUUAAGAAUCCUAAUGAUAUGUGGCAUACUUGGAAAAACACAUUUAAUUUUGUUGUAGAAAAGCAUGCUCCUUUACGCACAAAGCGUGUCAAGGCCUCUAAAGCGCCUUGGAUUUCAUCUCACUUGAAAGGUGAAAUGCACAAUAGAGAUAUUCUUAAAAUCAAGGCAAUCCGGUUUAAUGAUCCUUUAGAUUGGCAUAUUUUUAAGAAAAUGCGAAAUUCCGUAAAUCAAAAUAUUGCCCGGGCGAAGGAAAACUAUUUUAAACGUGCGUUUUCUGAAAAUAAAUCCAACUCGAAAAAGACCUGGAAUAUUAUUAAUGAUCUCACAUCUAAAAAUCGAAAGCUCGCAUAUUCACGAAGUUGAUUUGGAUGGUAAUUUGAUUAACGAUUCCAACAAAAUUGCUGAUGCUUUUAAUGAACACUUCUCUAACAUUGGUCCGAAGCUUGCAGAUAAUGUAGAUGUUAAUCAGAAUAAUCGUUGUUAUCUCGAUUAUUUACCUAGUCAAAAUAACAACAUCCGUUUUCAAUUAAAAGAAACUAAUUUCUCUGCAGUUUUCGUCCUUUUGUCCAAGCUAAGUAGGUCAAAAGCUACUGGUCUGGACAAAAUUUCGUCCCGCCUACUUCGAGAGUGCCCUGAUUUAAUAGCGGAAUCUCUUAGCUACAUUUUUAAUCGAUCAAUUGUCUCCGGAGUAUUCCCAGAUGAGUGGAAACACGCUAAAGUUGUCCCAAUACACAAACAAGGGAAACGUAAUUGCCCUGACAAUUAUUGUCCGAUUUCCAUUGUCUCGGUAGUGGCUAAGGUUUUCGAAAGGAUAAUUUAUGAUCAGCUGUAUUUAUUUCUAUCUGAAAAUAGUCUGUUAACUAAUUGUCAGUCGGGAUUUCGUGGUCUACAUUCUACUGUUACCGCCCUUCUUGAGGCCACUAACGAUUGGGCUUAUAAUAUCGAUCAUGGAAGCGUAAAUGCUGUCCUGUUUCUCGACCUCAGAAAGGCGUUUGAUACCGUAGACCACGAGAUUCUUUUAGGAAAACUAAAUUCAUAUGGCAUCAAUGGUGUUGCUGGCAACUGCUUCAGAUCAUAUCUCAGUGAACGGAAACAAAAAUGUUUCGUUAAUAUCAUUUUUCGACAAAUCGUUUACUCCGUUGCGGAGUUCCCCAGGGAACUAUUCUGGGGCCACUUUUAUUCUUAA